AUGGCUUCAGUGACUGAUAGUAAAGCCGGAGUCAAAGAUGCUUCUGACCAGAAUUUUGACUACAUGUUCAAACUGCUCAUCAUUGGCAACAGCAGUGUCGGCAAAACUUCCUUCCUCUUCCGCUAUGCGGAUGACACCUUCACCCCAGCCUUCGUCAGCACCGUGGGCAUCGACUUUAAGGUGAAGACAGUCUACCGCCACGAGAAGCGAGUGAAGCUGCAGAUUUGGGACACAGCUGGGCAGGAGCGGUACCGGACAAUCACCACAGCCUAUUACCGUGGAGCCAUGGGCUUCAUUCUGAUGUAUGACAUCACCAAUGAGGAAUCUUUCAAUGCUGUCCAAGACUGGGCUACUCAGAUAAAGACCUACUCCUGGGACAAUGCCCAGGUCAUCCUGGUGGGGAACAAGUGUGAUAUGGAGGAAGAGAGGGUUGUUCCCACUGAGAAGGGCCGGCUCCUCGCAGAGCAGCUUGGGUUUGACUUCUUUGAAGCCAGUGCCAAGGAGAACAUCAGCGUGAGGCAGGCCUUUGAGCGCCUGGUGGAUGCCAUUUGCGACAAGAUGUCUGAUACGCUGGACACAGACCCCUCCUUGCUGGGCACCUCCAAGAACACCCGUCUCUCAGACACCCCACCUCUGCUGCAGCAGAACUGCUCAUGCUAG